UGAAUCAAAGGUGAAUGAGACAAUGAGCGCAUCAAAUUCUUGCAUGAAAAGGCUCCAAGGCAAAGUUGUGAUAGUCACCGGCGGUGCUAGCGGCAUCGGGGAAGCGACCGCUCGCCUUUUUGCCGAUCAUGGCACACGCGCCGUCGUCAUCGCCGACCUCCAGGACGAGAAGGGCGUCGCCGUGGCGGAGUCCAUCGGCCUCGACAAGUGCAGCUUCGUAAAAUGCGACGUUAGCGACGAGGAGCAAGUGAAGGCCAUGAUUGAUUGGACGGUCCAAAAGUACGGCCAGCUAGACGUCAUGUUCAGCAAUGCGGGCAUAGUGAGCCCCACCGACCAAAAAGUCCUCGACCUCGACUUCUCCGACUUCGACCGGGUUUUCCGCGUCAACGCGCGAGGCGCGGCGGUGUGCGUCAAGCACGCGGCACGUGCGAUGGUGGAGGGGCGCGUGAGGGGGAGUAUCGUCUGCACGGCCAGCGUGGCCGCCACGCGCGGCGGCGUGCGGCGGACGGACUACAUCAUGUCGAAGCACGCCGUUCUUGGGCUGGUCCGGUCGGCGAGCCAGCAACUGGGGGCCCACGGGAUCAGGGUCAACUGUGUGUCGCCGUCGGUGACUCCAACUCCGAUAAUUCUCGCCAAUCGCGAAGAGGCUUCGAGCUACGUGGAGAAAAUUUAUGGGCCGCUGACUAGCCUGAAAGGCAUAACGUCAGACGUGAAGCACGUGGCUAACGCCGUCCUGUUUCUGGCUUCCGACGAGUCGGCGUUUAUCACCGGCCAUGAUUUGUCGGUGGACGGUGGUCUGAUUUGUCUAGCGGUGCCCGGUCCUGGCCGUAAUUGAGAUAACCAUUUCUUGUUAUAUACAAGUAAGUGGAUGGCCUACAAUGAUAUGUUCUAUUUUUCUGAAUAUCUUUAAAAACUAUGC